UCGAGGGCGUAGUAAUACUUUGGAGAAGGCCACGCCCCCGAGCGUGGUGUCAGAGUGAAAUAGAGGCUCCGGUUGGUCGGGCUGGCGGAGAACAUCUGCUGGGCUCCUUCAUUCAAGUGACACCCGAGCUUUGAGACAUAUUUGAGGAACCAUCCGUUGCCUUUCCGGGCCACUUUCAGUACUUCUAUCAGCGCCGUUCGCUUCGCGCGGUCUGUGCGUAGGUGGGAAGAUCGGAGAUCCCGGGUCUUUUGCAAAGAAGCGAACAGAGGAGGGGGGCUUGGCGGCCUCCAGCCGGCGCGGUUGGGAACACACGAGGACCAUGUGUGCAGAGUGCUUACGGAAACUGGUGGCCCUGGCGUUGGUCUUUGCAAGCAUUGAUGCGGUGGUGGGCACCGAAGCUACCCACCCUCCGGAAGGAGCCCAAGACAGAGCUCCUCAGCAAAAAGGGCGGAUGUCUCUGCAAAAUUCAGCUGAAAUCCAGCACUGCCUGGUGAGUGCUGGCGAUGUUGGAUGCAGUGUGUUUGAGUGCUUUGAAAACAACUCUUGUGAGAUUCGAGGUUUGCAUGAGAUCUGCAUGACAUUUCUCCACAAUGCUGGAAAGUUUGAUGCCCAGGGGAAAUCCUUCAUUAAAGAUGCCCUGAGAUGCAAGGCACAUGCCUUGCGGCACAAGUUUAGUUGUAUCAGUCGCAAAUGUCCUGCAAUCAAAGAGAUGGUGUUCCAGCUACAGCGAGAAUGCUACCAGAAGCAUGAUCUCUGCUCUGCAGCCAAAGAGAAUGUCCAGGUCAUCGUGGAGAUGAUUCAUUUCAAAGACUUGCUGCAACAUGAACCAUAUGUUGAUCUGGUGAACAUCCUGCUCACUUGUGGAGAAGAAGUCAAAGAGGCCAUCACAAAGAGUGUCCAGGCCCAAUGUGAGCAGAACUGGGGGAGUCUGUGCUCCAUCCUGAGCCUCUGUACUGUAGUUCCACAUGGAGCUUCAACCCUGGAACCUGAGAAAAAGCCAAAUGAAGUCUCAAGAACAUCCACUGGCCAAGGAAACCUUGUAAUUCACCCUCAGUCUGGUACCAGAGAGAACUCCCAAAGUCCUAGAGGGGAAAGAGGUAGCAGGCUGCCUAUGAAUGCUCAUACUCGCACUAAAUCUGGGGGUCAUAAUUCCAAAGCACUGCAUGAGACCAUUGAACAGAGAGAUGAACUGUCUGACUUCUCUGAUAUCCAAAGGUGAAAGGAAUGUACAACCCCCACCCUUCCCCCUCCACCCGAAACUUCCUCAGUUGAGUUCAUUUUAUCUAGGGGCAUUCCAAAAAAUAUUUACAAGAUAGAGGGGCUACGUCAAGCAUUGCGGGUUAUGGGGCAACAACAGCAUAUGUAUUAUAAGCAACAGAGGAAAAACAAUGACUAUUGAUUGCUGAUUGUAUCCAGCAAAUUCAAUGUGUAGGUGCAACAAAAUGUCUUCAUUUAAAUCCUUAAUCUCUUGAAAAAGAAAAGUAGGAGAUGCAGGUUUGGAUUGCCAAUAUUAUUUUUAAAUCAGGGAUAGACUUGUUCAAAUUAUUAUUUUUCCACUAAUGGAUUAAGACUAAACUGUCUAGUUUAGAUUACAUUCAACAUGAUUUUAAGUAGAGAAUAAUUCAGUCUUGAACAGAAGUUAUAAGGGCCCAACAUGGGCUGCCACAACAUUUGUAAGGAGACUAAUGAGUAUUAUAAGGGGAACCUCCCAGUUGCAAACUUAGUAAUCCUCUGAGCCUACAUUCUGUUCCUUUUUAAGUACACCAUCUGCCUUAAAUAUCUCCUUGUGCUGGUCUAGGCAGUUUAUUCCUCCAUCAUUCCUUUGAAAAUUGGUUGAUUACAGAACCAGCUCUGGAUAAGGUGAAUGGGCCUUCUUAGUUCAGUAUUAUACUAGCCUCUUUUUUUUUUUUUAAUACACCUAAAAGCCCUACUCGGCUUCUGAUUUAAGUGGGUUUCCCAAAUAAUAGGAUAUAGUUGCCAUUGUAAAACUUGAUCAGUCAGGACACUUUUUUGCAGGCUUGAUGGAAAAUUUCUUCAUAUGCUAUCUCAGAAAUCAAUAUCACAAAGGCUACAGGGUUGCAGUAUUUUUCUGCUUUAAGGCCACCUUUAUGUGUUAACUAUUAAAGAAAUGGUGUUGAUGAAGUGAGGGCAAACCAAGCAGUGCAAUUAUUUAAUCUGGUUAAAUAUGUGAAUUACGCACUUCUCCAUAUCUCCAUCCUCAUCACAUUUUCUUGGAAAUACAGCCAAAUUCGUCAAAUUAAUGGAACUUGUUUCCACUGAGUAUGGUUUAGAUUGCAACUUCCAUGGUCCAGAGUCAGUGUGUUAUAUUUCAUCUUGCUUUAACCAUGUCUGUUUAUUAUUAGUUUAAUAUCUAAGAUUACUCAGGAUAUUAUACAUUGAGACUUCAGUCGCAACACUUUCCUGAAAAAAGGUGUUCCUAAAACCAUAAAAAAAACUGAUAGACUUUUCUGGAAAACAGCACUGUCUAAAAUAUUUUGGGAUUCUGAUACCUCUGAUACCCAUCUUUUCAAAACUGGUAAACUCUGGAUGUGUUGAGUUUCAAGUUCUGUAUUGCUGGAUGGGGAUUGUACUACUUCAAAGCCAACUUAUUUGAAUGAUCCCAGGUUGGAGAAGGCAAAUUUUUGCUAUCCAGGUGUCUUAGAAGGAAAGACUAGACUUUUCACAAAGAAUGUUCACAAAGAAUUUCUUAUCUUAGGUUUUCCCAGUCAGUGCAUCUCUGGGACAGCUAUGGCUGUUCAUAUGCAUAGCAUACGCAAAGGUAGUCCUGAUGUUGCCAUCACUGGGAAACUCAUAAACUGCAGAAGUAGAGCAGUAUAAUGUAAAUUACUCUUCCCCAGCCUAGCAUCCUCUUAAAUGUGCUGGAGUUCAAAUUCCAUCAUGAAGCUGAGGAUGGAAGUAUGAAGGUAUCAGGUUUUGGGGUCUCUAAUGAAACCCAUUCCUCCUUGAUGAAGGUCGUUAGAAAAAACUAUAAGGACAUUACAUUGUAUCUGCAGCUUUACAUUAUUUGCAACAUUUGGUUGGGGGGGGGACAGCUUGUUGUGAUUAAGAUGAGCAGUGAAUCUAGUCAGUCCUAAAUCACCCUUUGAAACAACAAAAUGUAUGAGGAGAGAUGUAAAUACCCCUU